AUGUAUUCACUUUGCAGUACUUGUUGCUCGGAUACUGACUAUACGUUGCAGAAUGCCAUGCUACGUGCAGCGCGCACUGUAGACGGCCGGGAUGUGGUCAUCCGCGUCAUACGUGUUGGUUCCGAAGGCCAGAACCAACUGGAUGUGCUGCAGUGUAUGGCGAGGGGACCAUAUAGCCAGGCGACCCCGAAUCAUGCUAUCCCACUUUUUGAGCUUUUCGAGCUCGAAGAUAUCACUUUCGGCAUAUUUCCCCGGGUUGGGUUCAGCAUGGCGGAUGCGUACGACUCCUGGGCCGAGAAUUCGGUUGGCGAUGUUAUCGACAUGGUGUUACAGUGCCUGGAGGCACUCGCGUUCUUACACAGUAUGAACAUGGCCCACCGAGAUGCGUUCAAAGACAAUUUCCUCGUUCAAUGGCACCCGGAAUCUCUAGCCACCGACCAGCUCACGAUCUCACGCCCUCGCGUAUUCCUCCACGAUUUUGAGACCGCGGUGCGCUUCAGUGUGGACGUACCUCCACACGAGCGUAUCUGUACCGGUCUGCCUCUGUGUCCUUCUUUUGCCCUUCCGGAGCGGUACUUCCGACCUGUUCCUCCAGAAGUGUCCUCUGGGAACCCGUAUGAUCCAUUCAAGCUUGAUGUCUGGCAGUUCGGAAUAAGCUUGAUCGACUUCAGGACUACCAUUCGAGAAAUAGACGAUAUCCUUGUGUCACUGACCGAGGUCGAUCCUGCCAUACGAGUGAGCGCAUAUGAUGCGCUGAAGAGCUUAGCGAAGGUGGUCUCUUCGAUCCCACCAGACCGCCUCAACAUAGCCCCUGUCGUCAUCGAGGUACCCUUGAGAGAUGCUGGAUAUGCACAUGUUCUUACACCGGCAUCUGAGCGCUGA